AUUCAACUUGGAUUAUAUUUGUUCUCGAAAGAUCUCAAUUUAAUUUUUUCUCAAAAACUUGUUAAAAUCAUUUUGUAUAAAAUCUAAUACAUUAUUUUGCAAAAUGAAUAGCCCGUUGCUAGCCUUGGCUCUGAUGCAUUUUUAUUUCUCUUUUUGUUCGGGUCUCAAAAAUGCAACUCUCGUUAAAUCGCUGCAGAUGCAGAUUGUGAAUGGCGUGGACAGCGGCAAUGAUCGUCCUUUUUACGUCAAGGUAAUCUUUGGCAACAACUUCUGCGGGGGAGCUAUCGUGGACCGCUCCUGGGUCAUAACUGCAGCUCAUUGCGUGGCCGCCUAUAGAGGAAAUCGGAGGCCUGUGGUCGAAAUUUCUCGUUUCUCUGAGCCUGGAAGCAAUUUGGGUCUGUUGAUACCAACGAAAAAAGCAUUUUUACACCCCAAUUUCCGAUAUACCGAACAACCCAUGAACGAUAUUGCUCUCGUUCGUCUUCGGCGACCACUGAUCAAGGGCAAGUUCGAAGCCAUAGCCCUCUGUCGCGAGUCGCACGACCAUGGCACGUUUCUCGGUACCUGCAGCAUGGGCGCCAGUUCCAUUUCAGGGUACAAGUUUCCGCCGCGUCUCCAGGAAACAUUUUUCGUCGAGACCAAGUUCCAAUCACGUGACCCUUACGACUUGCGAUUGUGUCGCGAGGACAAUAUUUGCACAGACAAAAUCCAAGGUUUCAAAUCUUCGGGUUUGUGCUACUUAGACGACGGAGCUCCUUUGUUCACGUUUUUCUGCAAUAGUAGGAUUGCCAAUUGUUUGUAUGGUGUUGCCAGUUACUAUGUAGAAGGCAGCGGGAAUUCGAACGGUUGCAAUGGCUACAAUUACUUCUCAAGUGUACCACACCUCAUUGAUUGGAUUGAAGAUACGAUAUACAAAAACUCGUGAUAUUAAAGCGUCGUUUCACUUUC